UAUAUGAGUGGUGCUAGCUUUGUUGGUAAAUACAUUGCACUUUGCACAAGUAACAUAUAUGCUAGGGAUAUUCUCUUGUUAAUUUAAGAAAUGAGAAUAGCUAGGAAAUGUUCAUAUUGUGGAAAUUUAGGCCAUAAUUCAAGGACUUGCAAUAACAGUCUCAGUCAAGACCAAUUUCAUCUUUAUUCUACUUCACCUUCAUAUUUUGCUACUAAAUGGAGUUUCAGAAAGAACUACCUGCUAUCAUCACAAUCAUAUUCCUCUUUAUCAAAAUCAUACUCCUUGCCUACACUGUUUGGUACAAAUGAAAAUUCAGAUAGUUACUUAGGAAGUGGACAUAUGUCAACAAUUGGAUCCAGUAAAAAAGGUAUGCCUUGGACUGAGGAGGAGCACCAUAUGUUUCUUAGAGGACUUGAGAAGCUUGGGAAGGGUAACUGGAGAGGUAUAUCUAGAGAUUUUGUGACAACAAGAACACCAACUCAGGUGGCAAGUCAUGCACAAAAACAUUUUCUUCGUCAGUCUCAGAAUAGCUUCAUCAACAAAAGAAAACAUCUUAGGCUCCUUAAGGUGGGGUGUGAGAGUAAAACUAGAUUUGAAGCAUUUUCUGAACAAAGUGAAGCAAUUGUUACAUUAUCAGGAAUAACUAAUCUGACAGAAAAUGAUAUCAGUUACAUAAGCCAACUAAGUGGAAGUAGAAAUUUUCUUUCUCAGUGGCUUUCUCAUCCUCAAUAUUCGGUGCUGAAAUUGCCUACCUCUUCAACUUCAACAAAUUGUACUUCUCGGAGUGUAGCACCUGAUUUAGAACUCAAGCUUGCAACUCCUAUGCCUUUAGAGGUAACAGAGGCAUGCUCUGUAGGCCCUUUAAGCUAUAACCAUUAUUGACUUCAAAGAGUUGUGCUUAUUUUAUUGUGUCACCACCUUAUUCAAGCAAAUCGUGGUGUAGCAUUGAUUUUCAUUAAUAAAAGUAGAAAAUGGAAGUAUGUCAUUACUAUUUAAGGUCAUUAACUCAACUCUAACAUGCCAUAUAUUUGUACACCAUAUGUCUCAUUUAUAUAUGCAUGUUAACAUGUACAAUGGGCCUUAUUUUAAAGUGUG